AUGGAUCUAAUGGCUUACGUGCCCCAUUUUGCGGACGCCCCGAAUAUCGAACUUAUACCGGUUAUUCAGCACGUUUGCGAACAGCCGAAAGAACAGGACGAGUUGGAGAAUCAUAUAAAAGGGAAUUCGAUUCGAUCUAAAGUGCGACGUUGGUUCUUACGACAACGCGUUUUGUCACGGAAGCAUCCAUUGACACGUUGGUGGUUGAAAAGCACGUAUACAGUAAAUUAUGAGAUCUCGAGACACAUCAAGUCGUAUCCCUUCAUGAUACAUCCUUUCAGCUCGUUCAGAAUCGUUUGGGAAUCGUUAAUGACGGUAUUCACCUUCGUCGCCCUUUUGGUAAUUCCAGUCUCCAUCACGUUUUACUUCGAGAUAUACGACAACUGGUACAUAAUCAACGAUGUAAUGAACAUCGUAUUUAUGUGCGAUAUAGUAAUGUGGUUCUUCACGGGUUACUAUGACUACCGGACCAAAGUCAUAGUCCUUAAUCCCAGGAUAGUUGCACUAGAGUACAUAAAGAACUACUUUCUGAUAGAUUUUAUGACCGUGCUACCUAUAGGAAUCAUCGAUUUCGUUAUACCAAACUCAAAAUGGUAUUGCACCACCCUGAACAUGAUGAAGAUCUUACGAAUUCGCAAUAUUAUCGUUUAUUCCCGCAGACUUCACAAUGUAUAUCGGAUGAACUACCAAUUGUACAAGAUUCUAGAAAUGUGCACUAUCACCGUGUUAUGCGUUCACUGGGCUGGUUGCUUAGAAUACUAUGUCCCGAUGUCUGUGGCUCACCUAAGUACCUUAAGCAACGACUCUUGGAUCAAAACGGCGUACUUUCUAAACAAGAAAACGAGAACGAAGAGGUAUCUGGUUUGCUUGAAUCGUGCUAUCACCUCGUUGGUCCGUUCCGCGCAUUAUCUGAACAUGAAAACUACGGAGGAUAUAAUAUUGAACUUGAUACUAACGAUCAUCGGGUUCCUCGGUUUUAUGUAUUUGUUGACCCAAUUCUCUCAUUUGAUGACGACGUUUCAUAUAACGAUCAAGCGCCACUUGAAGAUUAUACAACAGUUGCAGGAAUACAUGAGAUACAAGGAGUUACCGCACUCGUUGCAACGUCGUUUAUUGAUAUUCUAUCGUUACCGGAACAAGAAAGGCUUCGAGAGGAACGCGAAAAUUAUCAACGAAGUUUCGCCCUAUCUGCGAGAGAAACUCAUUUUACACAAUUAUCUGAGACUGAUCAGCAGCGUGAAACUGUUCAAAUAUCUACCAGAAACGGUGGUGGCACAGUUGGCCAGCGUGUUACACUCCGAAAUUUUUAUGACAGGCGACGACAUCAUUAAAGCUGGCACGCGCAUCGAAUCCCUGUAUUUUAUCGCCUGCGGCACCGUGGCGGUUUACACUUCAACUGGAAAAGAAAUUUGUCACUUGGAGGAUGGAUCUUACUUCGGUGAAAUGGCGCUGGUGAUGGAAAGCGAGCACUCUAUAGCGACCGUGGUCGCGGUGGAAACCUGCGAGCUAAACGUCUUAGAUCGCACCAACUUCCGACGACACAUAUCCCCGUAUCCAGACCUGUUGAAUCGCUUGCAAAUCGUGGCCCUCGAGCACUUGGAGAAGAGUCUUUCCCUCAAAGAAGCUUACAAUCUAGACACCCCGAGCGGUCCUCGUUACAUUAACAUAAGCAGCAUACAGGGCAGGAGAAAAUGAACUGUUCCGCUGUAGAGCGUUAGAUCUAUCUUGUUUCGAAACGUUUAAAUAAACAAUUGAAACUAAUUUUAACUAGUAACAAUUUAUCUUGAUCGCUCGAGUCGCCAUUCCAAAAGUAAAUUUCUUGCAUCAA